AUAAUUGGUUCCCCCUUGGCCAGUUCCAGUCGUGCUGACCAAAGAGGUCAAGUGGAUUAACCCUUCUGCCACCACCUUGCAACCAGCCUGGAUCCUUCCCAUUGUAAGCAGCCAGGGGCCCCCUCCCAGGAGCUUCGGGGUCCCCCUCUCCCGCGGUGCGGAGUCGCCUCCGAUACGUUCUUCCAGGGGCUGGAGCCAGAGCUGAGGCUGGAGGUGGCUCCCGGGCAGUAAGUGGCGUGUGGGGGGGCGGGGGGCGGGGAGGAGGCGAGAGGAUGAGUUCUCCCGGCACGGAGAGCUCCGGCAAGAGCUUGCAGUACCGGGUGGACCAUCUCCUGAGCGCGGUGGAAAACGAGCUGCAGGCUGGCAGCGAGAAGGGAGACCCCACGGAGCGGGAGCUGCGAGUCACCCUGGAGGAGAAUGAGCUGUGGCUGCGCUUCAAGGAGCUCACCAACGAGAUGAUCGUGACCAAGAAUGGCAGGCGCAUGUUCCCGGUGCUGAAGGUGAGCGUGUCCGGCCUGGACCCCAACGCCAUGUACUCCUUCCUGCUGGACUUCGUGGCCGCCGACAACCACCGCUGGAAGUACGUGAACGGCGAGUGGGUGCCCGGGGGCAAACCCGAGCCGCAGGCCCCGAGCUGCGUCUACAUUCACCCGGACUCGCCCAACUUCGGCGCGCACUGGAUGAAGGCGCCGGUUUCCUUCAGCAAAGUCAAACUCACCAACAAGCUCAAUGGAGGGGGGCAGAUCAUGUUGAACUCCUUGCACAAGUAUGAGCCUAGGAUUCAUAUAGUGAGAGUUGGUGGCCCUCAGCGUAUGAUAACCAGCCAUUCCUUCCCAGAGACCCAGUUUAUAGCUGUGACAGCAUAUCAGAAUGAGGAGAUCACAGCUUUAAAAAUUAAAUACAAUCCAUUUGCAAAGGCUUUCCUUGAUGCAAAAGAAAGAAGUGAUCACAAAGAUAUGAUGGAUGAAGUUGGAGACAAUCAGCAGUCUGGGUAUUCACAAUUAGGUGGUUGGCUUAUUCCUGGAACUGGUACUCUGUGCCCCCCUGCCAAUCCGCACACUCAGUUUGGAGCACCUCUAUCUCUGUCUUCUGCUCACAGCUGUGAAAGGUUCUCAUCUCUAAGGAAUCACCGUUCUGCCCCUUACCCCAAUCCAUAUGUCCAUAGAAACAAUUCCCCAACAGCCUAUGCUGAUAAUUCCUCAGCCUGCCUUUCCAUGCUCCAAUCCCAUGACAACUGGUCCAGUCUAGGAGUUCCCCCCCACGCUAGUAUGCUGCCUAUGAGUCACAGCACUGGCACAUCUACCAGCUCCAGUCAGUAUCCCAACUUGUGGUCUGUGAAUAACAGCACUAUCACACCCGUGUCUCAGUCAGGUGGGAUGGCCAAUGGACUGAGCUCCCAGUUUUUGCGAGGCUCUACUGCGCACUACCCACCCCUUCCUCACUCUGUCACUGCCUCCUCCUCGGGAUCUCCGCUGUAUGACACAGGCACACCCACAGACAUUUCUGACAGCCAGUAUGAUACCGCUGCCCACGCUAGGCUGGCAUCCACAUGGACUCCUGUCACACCACCUUCCAUGUAAACCCAGCCUUUUGUUUAAGAUAAAGACUUUCUAGCUAUUUAGUUACUUUUAAUACUGAAUCCACAGUGAAGUCUUGAGGUGGGGGGAAAAAAGAGACAAAGUGAAUUACAAACAAAAAAACUGCACUGCUUUUUAUGUAAAGCAACUGAACUAUACUUCUUCCAGUAUGACAGCAUAUCAUUAGCAGCAUAUCUACCUUAUGAGUGCAAUUCUCAUAUAGCAGUAUCCACUGCUCUUCCUUUUAUAAAUAAAUAUUUUUUUAAUCCUGAAAUGCCACAGUUCUUAAUGUUCUGGGUGUAUCUGGAGCUGGGGUUUUGUUUUACACCUAUCUUGAGAGUUUUGUGUCAGCCUUUUUUAAAAAUAAUAUAAAAAAAAGGCUACUUUUUGUCAAUAGCCCGUUAACAAUUUGCUGGCGAGCUUAGCUGAAGUGAAAGAAGUUUUAUUAAGUGCAUAGUUUGAAUCAUCAUCACACCUAUACAAAUUUAGCUAAUAAGUGACAUUUUGAAAACUGCGCACUAACGUAUAUUUGUCUUGGGAAUAUGUGGUAUGCUGGUAGUUAACAGUUUUAUGCACAACUGUAUGCUUAUUUCCUUGUGCCUGAAUUAAAUGAUGAAGACAAUCAGCAAGAACUUUUUUCCUGCAUAAUAAAUGCAAUAUAAAAUGUUGCUCUAGUCAUCUUUACUGACAAUACCGCCUUUUUAAGGCAAGUUUCAUUGUUUGAUCGUAUAGCCAAUAAGCAACUUUUAGGCUAACUAAACUCCUGCCUUUCAAAUAGUUUUUAUCUAGUAGAGGGCCCAAGCCAAAGCCCUUGAAAGCUAAUGGAAAGACUUCAGUUGACAUUAAUAGUCUAUGGCCCAAGCCCCAAAUGAGAGAAGAAAGUCAAUACCUAAUGGUUCUUUCUAAUUUAUUUUAGUUCAAUACUGCACUCUGAUCAAUAUUUAUUAUUUGUUAGGAUGUGACUUUGUUUUGUACAAUUUAAAAUGUGUAUAUAAUCCGUCAAUAUGCUGUAUACCUUGAGACAAUCAUACAUAGGACAUGCCAGCCCACAACAUGGAAAUGAUGUGGGGGUCCAAGUAGUUAAAUUAUUAACAUGAGCAAAUCCCAAAUGUCAGUAAUUUGGGAUGGUGGAAUAGAUAUAAGCUUUAAAGUAUGCCAGCUGCUUGUCUUCACUAGAAGAUUAGGUCUGUUAAUAUCCUAAUGCCCUUGCUAUCCAGGCUAAUAGAUUCAUAUCCUUGAGGGUUCUCAGUAACUACCAUGAGUUGACCAAAUCUUCUGCUGAAGAUAAAACCCAAAUAUUGGGUCAAAAUGUGCCUUGGAUGUGUAUGCUGCUUCCACCGACUCUAUGAACACACGCAAGGGUGGAAGCAGAUCUUUAUGUAUAAACCAUGGCAGAUCUCUUUUUGAUAAAGUGCAUAAGGUUGGAAAGUAGAAUUUUAAGACAGAUUAAAGAUGAACAAAUUUAAAGAUGAAAAAGCAAAUGCUUGCUUACUUUAAGGUGUUAGGUCCUGUUCCUGCAACUAGAUAC